AUGGACAAUCAUGAGAAGUCCCAGUCUUUUGAGGAUGGCCCUCACCAAGAGCGGCGGCAGACGUCGGUUGCUAGUGGCCGCCGCCGCUCCACAAUUGCGGAUGUAAAUAUGAACAAGAAUUUGGACGCCAAGAUCUCUAACCCUUUGGGUGGCAUUCCCAAGGAUGUAUUGAUGGCGGAUGUAGUCUCUUUUGCGGAGGAGACUGGCCUUACCGAGCACACUGCCAUGCUUCAGAAAGGCGCACUUGUUGCCCAGAACCCAGGUGGCUACGAAAGCCUCGAACUUGAAGAUGAUGAAAAAGAAGCUCUGCGCAUCGAAGUCACCAAGAAGUGGAGGCAUCCACUCAAGUUGUACAUGACGGUUGCUGUCUGUUCUAUUGGUGCUGCUGUCCAAGGUUGGGAUCAGACUGGUUCGAAUGGUGCAAACUUGUCUUUCCCUGUUGCUUUUGGAAUUCCUGAUGGCAACGAACUAUCGGACGGCUCUCCAAAUCCAGAUGCAGAGAAGAACCUAUGGCUAGUGGGUGUUAUCAACGCUGCCCCUUACAUUGGAUCUGCGUUCAUUGGCUGCUGGCUGUCUGACCCUUGCAACAAAUAUUUUGGUCGACGUGGUGUCAUCUUUAUUUCUGCAAUCUUCCUGAUCCUCACUCCUAUUGGAGGCGCCGUCAGUCAAACUUGGGAACAACUCUUCGUUACACGCCUGCUCAUGGGUAUUGGCAUGGGUCUAAAGGGCUCGACAACACCUAUCUUUGCGGCUGAAAACUCUCCAGCAGCGAUUCGUGGUGCCCUUGUUAUGACGUGGCAAUUUUGGACCGCCUUUGGCAUAUUUUUGGGCACUGCCGCUAACCUGGCGGUGUACAACACUGGAGGCAUCUCUUGGCGAUUACAGCUUGGAUCUGCAUUUAUUCCGGCCGUCCCACUCGCGGCUCUUGUGUACUUCUGUCCCGAAUCACCCAGAUGGUAUAUCAAGAAGGGUCGUUUCCAAGACGCUUACAGAUCACUUCUCAUCCUUCGCAACCAUCCUAUUUUGGCAGCCAGAGAUCUUUACUAUAUCAACGCCCAAAUUGAGGUCGAGUCUGAAAUUGUUGGUGAUACGAACUAUUUUCAGAGAUUCGGCGAGCUCUUCACCAUUCCGCGUGUUCGUCGAGCAACACUCGCUUCAUUCGUGGUCAUGAUUGCCCAACAAAUGUGUGGUAUCAAUAUCGUGGCAUUCUACUCCUCGACUAUCUUCCGAGAAGCUGGUGCUAGCGACCUCGCUGCUUUACUCGCCAGCUUCGGUUUUGGUGCAGUUAACUUCAUCUUCGCCCUUCCAGCUUUCUUCACAAUCGACACCUUUGGACGUCGGAGCUUGUUACUAUUUACCUUUCCCCAGAUGGCUUGGACAUUAUUAGCGGCAGGAUUCUCCUUUUACAUUCCUGAGGAAAGCUCCGCUCAUCUGGGCGUGAUCGCACUGUUUGUUUAUCUCUUCGCAGCUUUCUACUCGCCAGGAGAAGGUCCCGUUCCUUUCACCUAUUCGGCAGAAGUCUUCCCAUUAUCACACCGAGAGGUUGGUAUGGGUUGGGCUGUGGCUACUUGUCUCUUCUGGGCUGCAGUCUUGUCAAUUUGUUUCCCUCGAAUUUUAGAUGCCUUCACCCCAACUGGUGCCUUUGGUUUCUUCGCGGGUUUAAACAUUAUUGCGCUUGUAAUGAUCUUCCUGUGGCUCCCGGAAACUAAACAGCGCACACUCGAGGAAUUGGACUAUGUCUUUGCAGUGCCCACUGGUACUUUCGUCAAGUAUCAGACCGGUACAUGGCUUCCAUGGUUCAUUCAACGUUAUGUAUUCUUCCGCAAGGAUGCGAAAUUGAAGCCGCUAUACCAUUUCGAGGGUGUGAAAGAGGAUCUCAAGGACGAAGGUACCAAUAUCACACACCACGAGGAAAUGCGAAAGUGA